AGUUCGCUUUGACAUAAGUGAAGUUAGUAACGAUCUUAAAAAUGGCAGGUAUGGGGCAAUGUGAAACUGAAGGUUGUUCGAAUCCUGCCAAAUUGCAAUGUCCUACUUGUAUAAAGUUAGGAAUUACGGGAUCAUUUUUCUGUUCCCAAGAUUGUUUCAAAAAUAACUGGAAAACUCACAAGAUCAUUCAUUCUUUAGCUAAAGGAGAAAAUAUAGAUGGAAAAAAAGAUACUGCUUACAAUCCAUGGCCAAACUAUACAUUUACAGGUAAGUUAAGGCCUUUCCCUCAAACUAAUAAAAGAACCGUACCACCCCAUAUCCAAAGGCCUGAUUAUGCAGAUCAUCCCCAAGGUUUCCCAUUAAGCGAACAAGCAGUUAAGGGUUCCGGGGUCAUAAAAAUACUAGACGACGAGGAAAUUGAAGGGAUGAAAGUAGCCGGGAAAUUAGGUAGAGAAGUUCUAGAUGAGGCUGCAAGAGUAUGUGAUGUAGGGGUUACUACGGACGAAAUUGACAGGAUUGUACACGAAGCUUGUAUAGAAAGAGAAUGUUACCCUUCUCCCCUCAAUUACUACGAGUUUCCAGCUUCGUGCUGUACGUCCGUCAACGAAGUGAUUUGUCACGGUAUUCCUGAUAUUAGACAACUACAAGAUGGAGAUCUGUGUAAUGUUGAUGUUACCGUCUACCACAGGGGAUUCCAUGGUGAUUUGAAUGAGACUUUCUUUGUUGGAAAUGUCAGUGAAAAGCACAAGAAUUUAGUGAAGGUCACCCACGAAUGCUUAACGAAAGCAAUAGAAAUAGUGAAACCGGGUGAAAAAUACCGAGAAAUUGGUAACGUAAUACAGAAGCACGCCCAAGCUAAUGGAUAUUCAGUGGUAAGAAGUUAUUGCGGUCACGGUAUACACAGAUUAUUUCACACGACCCCGAACGUGCCUCACUACGCUAAAAAUCGAGCCGUCGGAGUGAUGAAACCUGGUCAUUGCUUCACCAUCGAGCCGAUGAUAUCGGAGGGAACGUGGAGAGAUGAAAUAUGGCCGGAUAAGUGGACGGCCGUCACCGCAGACGGUCAAUGGUCCGCCCAAUUCGAACAAACUCUGUUAGUCAACGAAACCGGAUGUCAAAUAUUGACGCGCAGAAGAGACAACAACGGACAACCUCACUUUAUGGAUAAAAUACCCGCCUAGUGUUAUUGUUUGUAAAGAAAAUAUUCAGCAUUAAAUUAGUUUAUCAUAUAUU